AUGGAAGCCCAACAGAACAAGCUUGAAUUCUUCCAUAAGUUGGGCUAUAGCAAGGAGGAGGUGUGCAAAGUGCUGGAGAAAUUAGGUCAAGAGGCUUCGGAGAAUGAUUUGCUGCAAGAAUUGAUUCUCACGGGGAGGAGACCUGUGGAGAGUGAGAAUGGGACACAAAUUUUUCAGCCCAAUUUUGCUGCCCAUGGAAUAUCUGGACCCCUCCCAUUUCCCCAGAGCUCUACUGAGGAACCAAAUGAGGCAACUGGUCAUUUGAGACCUAUUGUAAUCGAUGGGAGCAACGUUGCAAUGAGUCAUGGAAACAAAGAAGUGUUUUCAUGCUUAGGAAUUCAGCUGGUGGUAGACUGGUUCAAACAAAGAGGUCACCAGUACAUCAAAGUUUUCGUUCCAUCUUGGAGAAAGGAACAGUCUCGAUUUGAUACCCCUGUUACAGAUCAGCAUAUCCUUGAAAGCUUGGCCAAGCAAGCAAUUCUCAUCUACACACCAUCCCGCAAAAUAAAGGGCAAAAGAAUGAUCUGCUAUGAUGAUCGCUACAUUGUCAAAUUGGCCUAUGAGCAAGACGGGGUCAUUGUUUCCAACGAUAACUUUCGAGAUCUGCAGAAUGAAAAUCCUGCGUGGAAAUGGUUCAUUGAGCAGCGACUGCUCAUGUACUCUUUCGUCAAUGACAAAUUCAUGCCACCUGAUGAUCCUUUGGGCCGACACGGACCUUCUCUUGACAAUUUUCUUAGCAAAAAACCUCUUUUCCCUGAAUCAAAAUGGCAGCUCUGUCCUUAUGGCAAAAAGUGCACAUAUGGCAUCAAGUGCAAAUUUUACCACCCAGAAAGACUGAACUGGGACCAUCUCUCUGUAGCUGAUGAACUCCGUGUCAAAGCAAAAACCUACUCAUCCAGUCAGAAGACUGAAGAGAAGACGGGAAUAAACCCCACGAAUAAGAAUGGACAUCCAUCAUCUCUAUAUAGUCCUAGAAGUGCUAUUAACAGAAGCAGCACAGCAUUCAGCUCAGAAGUAGUUCACACGAGUGUCCCACAACAGAUGGGAGAGUACCAGAUGGAUUCAGCUAACAACUGGACAAACAUGUAUCAGGACAACCACCAGGCUCCAUUAACUUUAUUACAACAUGGUCAAACUGGAUAUGCAGCAGCGGUAUCUGAGCAAUUCGCUGCAUCUUCUCUAAAUGCCAGGACUUAUUCUGGAAAUAUACUUGGAGGAUCUGUAAAAUAUGAAGCCCUAGUAGGUGAGCCCCCUAGGGAUCAUUAUCUCAGGUACAGCCAGGCUCCACUUUUGUCUCAUCACAACCGGUGCUUGGACUGUCCAUGUUUAGAAAUGUGCAACUUCCAGGGGUGUUGCAGAAAACAGGCAUCAGCAAUACAGGCCUUACAAACACCUUCCUUUUUAGCAAGGCAGAUCUCAAAUGAAGAACAGGAUUCUAUAGAUUCUUCAGCUGAGAUAUUUUCAUAUAACAAGUAUGGAGAUAUGGGUUAUAUUGGACAUUUGCAAACCAGACCUUAUGACCAAUUAUUUUUGUUAGAUUCCAACUCUCUCGGAAGACACAGUUGUCCUUCUGGUGUGGAGUCUCAGCAGAAUUUGGCUCAAAAUCCAUUUUCUCAAGAGAAAGCAAAUGUCCAGCAACCCCUAAGGUUUAUGUUCCCAUAUCUUCAGGAAAACCAAGCCUCAACUUCCUCCAACACAGACAUAGUGAGAAAUUUUAUACCAUUAGCUAAGAAGCAUGGGAACCUGCAUAGUAGGUACCCUAAUAGGAAACCAUGGUGA